AUGGCGGGAGAUAACGACCGCCAAGCCAGCAUGGGUGAAGCAGCCAAGAGGACAAGAAAAGGUAAAAUGCCACAACGAGUACAAAUUGACGAAGAGGUCACUGACGGUAACGAAACCGAGUAUUUUGACAAUGAGGAUGAAGGAGGAUCAGAAUCGGACGACGAUGAUGACCGAUACGAUUACCGCACCUUGGCCAAAAUCUUGGAGACGGUUCCCAAGCUCAUGUCACGCAACUACUAUAGUUGGAGCACACUCAUCAAGGCCAACCUCCGAGUAGUCCCUCAUGCCACACGACACUUAGAGGGCACGUACGAUAGAAACCACCCGAAAUGGAACAGAACUUUUGACAACGCCCUAGUGGGUGUCCUACGAAGCACCUUAGACACCGAAGGAGAGUACAACGUCCUUUACCUCCUACUCGACAUCAGCAAGAACCACCUGACCUGCCAUCAAGCUUGGAAGAAGAUCGAAAAGAGUCUUACCAGCGAGGCAGCUAGAACCUCGCGAUGGAUAGCAUUACUUGCCGAGCUCAAUGAGACAAAGAUGUUUCAUGCUGAUGCCCGUAAACUAAUCAAAGAGAUCAGGGUCAUACAGACGGAAACUAGCCUCCUAGGUGCCCCAUUUAGUAAUGAUGCACUAUAUUCCGCGCUCCAGAGGUGCACGAUUCGACACCCGGUCUACACAGAAAUAUUUGCGCCAGUAGCACCCAUCCAAGCAAUAAGGGGAGUGCUGGCCAUCGCAGCCGUACGGGACUGGGAGGUCGAUUCCAUCGAUGUCAAACAGGCUUACCUCAACUCAAGCCUGCGUCACGAUGUCUACCUAAAGCCACCGCAAUCAGGUCGGGAAUGGAACAUCGAGCUGGAUACCCACCUCCGAAGUAUUGGCUUCCACUGCAUGCCGAGCACCCCAUGCCUUUACUCAAGGGGAGCGGGCGACCAACUCACAGUCAUUACGGCAUAUGUGGAUGACAUGCUGAUCGCAUCGCCAUGCAGAAGGGAGGUCGACCGUACCAAAGCCGAGAUCAUGGACAAGUGGGGAACAGAGGACAACGGACCUGUAGGAGAAUUUCUAGGAAUCAAAAUCACUCGAGAGAGGAGACAAGGCAGGAUCACACUCGAUCUAAGUGCAUACAUUAAAAGCAUGAGUGUAGCAGGAAUCGCUGGAGGAAACAAGUGUAACCCAGAUCAGGCCAAACGAUAUCAAGAGCUAGUGGGGCAACUUUUAUGGGUGUCCAACACAGUGAGGCCAGACAUCUCGUUCGCAGUAGGAGCUUUGGCACGAUAUAUGUCAGAACCGAUCGACAGUGCUUGGAGUGCUGUGAUACACUUGUUAAAGUACCUGAACCAGAUGAGCGAUUACCGCUUAAAUUUAGGAGGAGCGCACAGGAGUCACGCAGACCAACCGGUGGUUACGUAUACCAAUGCAAAUUGGGCUUCUGACCCUACAAAUGGGCGUAGAAAAGUGCGUGGCACUAUCGGCAGUGGAAGCAGAACUGGUCGCAGCCUCCGAAGCAGCAAGAGAAGCACUCUUCUUCUCGUAUUUACUCAGGGAUCUAGGAGUAUUCGGAGUCACGCCAACGCUGCGCACUGA